CGUUUGUUACAAAUUCUCAACUCAAAACAAAAACGCAAACCCAGAACACUCUUAAAACUACACAUUUUCAUCUUUACCUCAUAUAUAUUAAUUUUUUUUUUUUUAAAAAAAAAACACUAUAAAUCCACGUUAACAAACAAACAGAGCAAGAGUACUCCAUUGAGGGAUGACAGAGAGUGCUCUGUUUUGCCAUUGAUUUCUGGCGGGGGUUUUAUGCACCUUUAAUAUCUGCUUCCACUUGCUGAUGCACCAGUAAAAACGAGAGGUUUGAGAUGGAUAACAAGGCAGAAGAUUUGGAGGCUGUGCUAAAAGAAGCUGUGGAUUUGGAGAACGUACCGAUUGAAGAGGUUUUCCAGACCUUGAGGUGCAACAAAGAUGGUCUCACAACAGAGGCUGCUGGGGAAAGGUUGGCCAUUUUUGGCUACAACAAGCUCGAGGAAAAGAAGGAAAGUAAGUUCUUGAAGUUCUUAGGCUUUAUGUGGAAUCCUCUCUCAUGGGUCAUGGAAGCCGCUGCUAUCAUGGCAAUUGCGCUUGCCAAUGGAGGAGGAAAACCUCCUGAUUGGCAAGAUUUUGUUGGGAUUAUUGUUCUGCUAUUCAUCAAUUCAACUAUAAGUUUUAUAGAAGAGAACAAUGCCGGUAAUGCUGCUGCUGCUCUCAUGGCUCGUCUAGCACCCAAAGCAAAGGUCCUUAGAGACAGGAGGUGGAUUGAGGAGGAUGCGUCUAUUCUUGUUCCUGGUGAUAUAGUUAGCGUUAAGCUUGGGGACAUUCUUCCUGCAGAUGCUCGCCUUCUCGAUGGUGAUCCCUUGAAAAUUGACCAGUCUGCACUUACAGGGGAGUCCCUUCCUGUGACAAAAGGCCCUGGUGAUAGUGUUUAUUCAGGUUCGACAUGCAAACAGGGAGAGAUUGAAGCCGUGGUCAUCGCUACUGGUGUUCAUACCUUCUUUGGCAAGGCUGCUCACCUUGUGGAUUCCACGAAUCAAGUGGGGCACUUUCAAAAGGUCUUGACUGCUAUUGGAAAUUUCUGUAUAUGCUCAAUUGCUGUGGGGAUGAUAGUAGAGAUCAUUGUCAUGUAUCCAAUUCAACACAGGAAAUACCGUCCAGGAAUUGACAAUCUGCUGGUGCUUCUUAUUGGAGGAAUUCCCAUUGCCAUGCCCACAGUUUUGUCUGUGACAAUGGCAAUUGGAUCCCAUCGUUUGGCUGCGCAGGGAGCUAUCACUAAAAGAAUGACAGCAAUAGAAGAAAUGGCAGGGAUGGAUGUGCUUUGCAGUGACAAAACUGGGACUCUGACACUGAACAAGCUUACGGUUGACAAGAAUCUUAUAGAGGUCUUUGCAAAGGGAGUAGACACAGAUACUGUUGUUCUGAUGGCAGCUCGAGCAUCCCGAUUGGAAAAUCAAGAUGCAAUAGACACGGCUAUAGUUGGAAUGUUGGGUGAUCCAAAGGAGGCUCGGGUUGGUAUACAAGAGGUUCACUUCCUUCCGUUCAACCCAACUGAUAAGCGAACAGCUCUAACGUACAUUGACAGUGAAGGUAAAAUGCAUCGGGUCAGCAAGGGUGCACCAGAGCAGAUUUUGAAUCUUGCACACAAUAAGUCAGAGAUAGAAGGUAGAGUCCACGCUGUGAUUGAUAAGUUUGCAGAGAGAGGAUUACGUUCUCUUUCAGUAGCAUACCAGGAAGUUCCUGAUGGAAGGAAGGAGAGCCAAGGAGGCCCAUGGCAAUUUAUUGGUGUCAUGCCUCUAUUUGACCCGCCUAGACAUGAUAGUGCAGAGACAAUAAGAAGAGCAUUGAAUCUUGGAGUAAAUGUUAAAAUGAUCACAGGUGAUCAACUAGCAAUAGCCAAGGAAACAGGACGCCGUUUGGGAAUGGGAACCAACAUGUACCCAUCCUCUGCAUUGCUAGGACAGAAUAAAGACCUGUCAAUUGCUGCUUUGCCGGUUGAUGAUCUGAUUGAAAAAGCUGAUGGGUUUGCUGGCGUUUUUCCUGAGCACAAAUAUGAGAUUGUAAGGCGUUUGCAAGCUAGGAAGCAUAUCUGUGGAAUGACUGGUGAUGGAGUUAAUGAUGCUCCAGCUCUUAAAAAGGCUGACAUCGGCAUAGCUGUUGCUGAUGCAACUGACGCAGCUCGUAGUGCUUCUGACAUUGUUCUUACAGAACCUGGUCUUAGUGUUAUUAUUAGUGCCGUACUGACUAGUCGGGCAAUAUUCCAGAGGAUGAAGAAUUACACGAUUUAUGCAGUUUCCAUUACAAUCCGUAUUGUGUUAGGUUUUAUGUUACUUGCUCUCAUAUGGCAGUUCGACUUCCCACCAUUCAUGGUGCUGAUUAUUGCUGUCCUUAAUGAUGGCACCAUUAUGACAAUAUCGAAGGACAGGGUUAAGCCUUCUCCUCUGCCAGAUAGCUGGAAGCUAUCAGAGAUCUUUGCAACUGGAAUCAUUCUUGGUGGUUAUUUGGCUAUGAUGACAGUCAUCUUCUUUUGGGCAGCAUACAAGACAGACUUCUUCCCUCGUACAUUUGGGGUUUCAAGCCUUCAGGAAAAGGACGACUUUAGGAAGCUUGCCUCAGCAGUGUACCUGCAAGUGAGUACUGUAAGUCAGGCUCUCAUAUUCGUGACACGGUCCCGGAAUUGGUCUUAUGUCGAGCGUCCGGGCUUUUUACUUGUAGCAGCUUUUGUUAUUGCUCAGCUGGUCGCCACGCUCAUUGCGGUCUAUGCGAACUGGAGUUUUGCUGCAAUCAAAGGUAUUGGAUGGGGUUGGGCUGGUGUUAUUUGGCUCUAUAACCUCAUCUUUUAUUUCCCACUUGAUUUUAUCAAGUUCGUUACCCGGUAUGCCCUGAGUGGGAGGGCUUGGGAUCUUGUUAUUGAGCAAAGGAUUGCCUUCACAAGGAAAAAGGAUUUCGGGAAGGAAGAACGGGAGCUUAAAUGGGCACGUGCACAAAGGACGCUUCAUGGGUUGCACCCACCUGAAACCAAGAUGUUCGGCGAGCGCACAACUCAUUCAGAACUUAAUCAGAUGGCAGAAGAGGCAAAAAGACGAGCUGAGAUUGCUAGACUGAGAGAGCUGCAUACACUGAAAGGCCACGUCGAGUCGGUGGUGAGACUUAAGGGCCUUGACAUAGACACAAUUCAGCAAGCAUACACUGUCUGAAAGAUCAGAAACUUCUUCGAUUCCCCAUGGUACAUAAACAUGGUGUUAAUGCGCUGGAAACAAAUUAAAGAGCUGUAGUUUAUCAUCCUAAUGUAUAAAUCAUAGCCCACCUGCAUUUUAUAUGUUUA